GGCCUUCGUUCCUCUUGAAGCCCCACCUAAUCAGAAUGGUACCCAGUGGGAAAAGAUGCAGUAUCUGUUUGAGGAGCUGGGGAACAACCAUGGUGUACCAGCACUGUCUUUCUCCAUCAGCUCAUUGACCUUGAUUGGCAUGCUGGCAGUGAUCACUUACACGGCGUAUGGUAUGUCAGUGUAGUACUGUUUCCUGAUUGAGGGCUUUACAGUGUGCUUAACAUGUCUGGAGAACACUGAAGAUAUUGAAGAGGUUGAACACCAGAUGGAAAAGAUCAAAGCCAAGUGUGAGGACGGGCGUCCUCUGUCGUCGCGGGACCGUCGUAACCUCCAGGAGUUUGAGGACAAGCUACAGGUGCUCCAGAGGAGGGGCAGGCACCUGGAGAUAGCAGAGAGUCACUGCUGCACCAAGGUUGGAUCUGCCCUCAGACCACUCAAGAUUCUGCUGGGAAUUUUCUUCAUCCUGUUCGCUCUGCUGUUUGUUGUGGCUCUGUUCAUUUCAAAUUUGGACAAAGCUCUUCACUCUGCUGGCAUCAGUUCUGGCUUCAUGGUGUUUGGCACCAACCUGACCAACCCUCUGAAUGAACUCCUGCUGACUCUACAGCCUGUGUUCCCGUUGGAUUAUGUCCUGAUCACUGUCAUCACCAUGUACUUUGUGUUCACCUCCAUGGCCGGCAUCAGGAACUUGGGCAUCUGGUUCUUCUGGAUACGGCUGUACAAGAUCAGACCCAAGAGAACCCGUCCCCAGGCCCUCCUCUUCCUCUGCAUGAUUCUACUGCUGAUUGUCCUUCACACCAGCUUCAUGAUCUACAGCCUGGCCCCGCAGUACGUCAUGUACGGGAGCCAGAACUAUCUGCUGCAGAGCCCGAUGCCACCAGGGAAUAAUACCACUUGGACUACCAAGACCUGCGAUGCCGACGCACCUCAAGACGAAUGCACAGUGACGAGGUCGUACCUUUUCCUCCACAAGUUCUGGUUCUUCAGUACCAUCUACUACUUCGGUAACUGGGUGUUUAUCGGGGUUUUCCUCAUCGGCCUGUUGGUGUCAUGUUGUAAGGGGAAGAAAUCAGUGAUCGAAGGAGAGGUGGAGGCAGAUGACUCUGACAUGAGUGAAGACGAAUAUGUCCACUGACAAGACCACAGCCUGCCGGACCUGGGUUCAAAUACUAUUUGAAAUGUUUUAAAUACUUUUGAGCAUUUGCUUUAGCCUGCCUGGGAGUGUCGGGUGGGCGGGGUUUGCAUGUUCUGGACUUUUCUAUUGGUUCACCUGCAAAAGGCAAGCUUAAUCAAAUACAAUUGAAGUAUUUUAAAUAAUUUUAAACAGUGUGCCCUAAUGAAUAUGGCCCAGGUCUGCUACCUGCAUGGACCAGGAGACAUUUGAACCGGAUUGGUUUCUGUUACAGCUGGUUUGCUAUAACAUAAGAAUAUGACAUUUGGAUUGUUCAUACAAGGCAGUAAAACUUUAAUUUGCACUGUUGUUUUCUGGUUUCUGCCUGAGAUUGGUUAAUAUUCCACAACGUUGUGUUGAUACUGAUGUAUUAUAACAGGAGAGGGUGAUGGUGAGGUUGCUUUUUUCUAUUAGGGCAACUUUUUGUUUUUUGUUCAGUCAAGUGUCUUUGUUCAAAGCAGUACGUAAACCCUGAAUGCAUCCCAAAUGGCACCUUAUUUCAAAUAUAGUGCACUUCUUUUGACCAAAGCCCUAUUGGACCCCGGUCGUAAGUAGUGCACUAUAUAGGAAAUAGUGUUCCAUUUGAGAUGCAACGCUCUUUGUGUUACUAUGGGUAUGUGCCUGUUGUUUCAAAUGUCAUCUCCACCAAUUCCAUGUUUUAUGAUUCCAAAAAGAAUGAUUUAGUGUUGCAAAAUUCUGGUAUAUUUUCCAAAAUGAGAGGAUUCUGAAUUCCCUGCUUAUUACCCUCACUAAUUCUGGGAAUCUUCAAAUGGGGACGAAAAAGAGAGAAAAAGCAGGUGAAAGUUCCUAACAUUUUCCAACCCUAAGAAAGAUCCCUGGUUGAGAACCAAACGGUGGUACUGGAUGUUGUGGAUCCUGAAAAGACAAGAUGUCGUCGGGGAAACAUAGUCCACGAUUACUUUGUUUCUUAUUUAUUUGAACUCGGCACAUUUUUGUUGUCAUGUACAUUUCUGUAAUAUAUGGCUGGAUAAAUGUUUAUUUUAGCCUUUAACAGAUGUAUUAUUUUUAAGAUGACUAACUUAGCACAUUCAGCAUGUUAACUUACAGCAACAAAUAUGGACAUGUAUUUGAGACCAUAUUGAUAAUGCACAUUGCUGAGUUAAAAUAUAUAUUCUCUUAUCCCUGAUUUUGGUUGUGUUUGGUUGGCCUUAGCUUGACUAACUGUUAUUGCGUUGAUGAAUUGAUUUGCUGUAAAGUUAUCUGAACAUGAACCGAGCAUAAUAUCGCUUGACUACUGAUCACGAUGUCAAUUUACUUUAUGAAUUUGGAAUAAAAUAUGAAUUCUGAAUUGAU